CGCUGUGUCCUACGGAGACAGCUGAUCACGUGAUGUGGUAAAAGGCCAAUCACAGCGGCCUUUUACCACGUGAUCAGCGGUGUCCAAUGACACGCUGAUCAGAGGGAAAUGCAAGUGCCGGGCACUGAUGAUCAGUGCCCUGAUGAUCGGUGCCCAGCAGUGCCACCCGCAAGUUCCGCCCACCUGUGCCCAGCAGAUCACCCACCUGUGCCCACCAGUGCACCCACCUGUGCCCACCCACCUGUGCCCACCAGUGCUACCCACCAGUCAGUGCCCAGGGGUUGUGCCAGUCAGUGCCCACCAGUCAGUGCCCACCAGUGCCCACCAGUC